AUGGAACAUCCUGCUUAUACUUUAGGGUUUUUGACAGCUUUUGGAGGUGCCAUGGGCUACUUCCGUAAGGGCUCAGUUCCAUCAUUGGCUGCUGGACUCUUGUUCGGUGGAAUCUACGGCUACGCAGGUUACUUGUUGCACCAGAACAGUGACGGCGGAUUAGAAAUUGCCCUAGGUACCUCUGCUAUUCUACUAGCUACUGGUAUUGCAAGAGGUGUACCAUCCAAGUUUACUAAACCGGUCCCCGUUGCUUUGACCCUGCUUGGUGGUGUCGGUUCUCUCUACUACUUCAAGAAGUACAAGGAAUUCUACUAA